GAAUGAAGAUGCUGUGCUCCCCAGGAUUCCAAUCUUCCAUCAACCCAUUGAUGGACAUCUACUGUCCCGUUCACAGUCUCUGUCCGGAGGUACGACCUCUUCUCUGGCAGCAGGGUCUACUUGAGAGAAACAUUAAGGAGAUCAAGAGCAGUCUGGCACUGAUGGAGAAACUUCAGCAGUGUAUAUCUGAGGAGAUGGACCAUGUUCCUGCCUCUGUGGACAUCCAACCAUUUUCUUACAAGCUGGAGAAAGAGGGAGAGGGCUUUGCCAUGACACUGGACACUAAGGACUUCUCCCCAGAGGAGAUCUGUGUCAGACAGGUGGGCAGGAAGCUAAGAGUCAGUGGGAAGACGGAGAAGAAGCAGGGUGAUGGGAAAGGCUCCUACUCUUACAGAUGCCAGGAGUUCAGACAAGAGAUUGAUCUUCCUGAAGGGUUGAACCCUGAGACAGUCACCUGCUCCAUGACUCCUGACGGGAAGCUCCACAUCGAGGCACCUAAUACUUUAUUAUCUUCUGAGAGAGUGGUUCCCAUCAACUGUAGUCUGGAUGUGAGGACGCCGCAAUCCCUCAGCUCACAGACAGAGGGCACCACUAUGGACUCCCAGAAGCAACAUCAGAACACGGGUUCACAUGUAGAGUGAUCCUUUGUAUUAUGAAAUGUUUACUUUUGAUGAAUGUUUAGUUUUACAUGUUUUUUCUCUUGAAAUGUUAUACAUUGAAAUGUCACAUCUUAGAACAAUUAAUCUAACAAUUAAUCAAUUUGAGUAAAUUAAUAUA